AUGUGUGAAGAUAGUGUGAAGAUUGACAGGCAGUGGGGGAAGCGACUGGACGAAGAAGAGAAGAGAACAGAAAACAGAGGAAAGAGAACAGAGGAAAGAGAACAGAAGAAGAAAGAGAAGCGAUUUGACGUAGAUUUCCUCCUAGAAAACUUUGCAAUGAUUCUAUUUGGUCGUGGAAAGAGGAUGUGCCCUGCCUACUCUCUUGGCGUUGCCAACCUUGAGCUCGCGCUUGCCAAUUUGUUGUACUCUUUUAACUGGGAGUUGCCUCCGGGUGUAAGCAAGGAAGACAUCGACAACAACGUGUUCCCUAGUAUUGUGAUGCAUAAGAAGAACACCCUUUACCUUGUUGCAAACAAAUACUAA